AUGGAUACUAAUCAGCCGAGUGUUUUCAAUCCUAAAAUGUUCAAUGAUGAAAGAGAUCAAGUUCUUGGACUAUUUAAUAAACUACAAGCUUAUUGGGGAACUGGUAAAGCUUUUACAUGCAAGUCAAGCUCAAUUGACCUGAAUCAACAUCAACCCAACCAUAGAUUUAAAGCUAUUGGAUAUUCAAAGAUUAAAUCUGAAGAAAGUAAUGAAUUCAAAUUUGGUGUGGUGAUCAGUAUGGAAGGAGGUGAAAGUCAAAUGAAUACUGCGAUUCUACAAUAUGAGAAUAAUUUAAAAGGUAUUUUCGGUCAAACCUAUGGACCUAAAGUUGAGGCUACCAAAAUAUUACCUGAUAAUAAGGCGAUGCUAAUGAUCACAGUUACCGAUAUGUCGACCAACCUUAAAUUACCAGCUAGACAAAUUAUACUUUUCCUUAAUCAGAUGAAUGUUAAAAUGCAGCUACCCAAUGUUUUCCAGAAUAAAUUCUGUCAGUUGGUACCUUUACACCCUCCCUCGAAACAAGAAAUCGACGAAUAUCUGAAAGUUGUACCCGCUGGUAUUGAUGAGCUUCUUUGGAAUCAAGCAAAACUUAACAAUCCUGAUGCUGAGAAAUUUAUUCCAGUUCCAUUGAUUGGAUUUGCCGCUCUUAAUGAACGUUUUAAAUUACAAGAGCAAGAAGUUCAUCAACAACGGAUACAAUUAAAGUUAAUCAUGGAUGAGAUAGAAAAUAUAACCAAAAGUAUCGCUGUGAUGAAAGUUCUGAUCGAAGAAUGUAAACGAAAAAAUGUUCUACUCUCCAAUCGAGUUUUAUCUCUAAUGGUUCAUCAGAUGAUUAAAAGACGACGUUUUUAUCCUGUUCAAGCUCAUGAAGAUCAAUUAAGAGCUAAACUUGAAGACCUGCAGCGUGACAUAAAUGAACAGGGAAAAUUAAAGGCCAAUCUUAAUGAUUUAAUGUUGAAGUUAAAGCAACUCCAAAAUCAUCAGAUUACUCCCUCAUUCUCAAUUGAUGAAAAUCUUCUUAAAGAUGUUAAAUUUCACCUUUCACAGGAACAGGAAGCUAUUCAACAUCUCCUUGGAAUAGUUAAAAGUUUACCCAAAAAAACGCAAACAUAAAUUUCCAACAUCAUGUUAAUCUCCCUGCCCUUGUUUUCCAAUUAUGAUGAUCGUUAAUCAUCUCCGAUCCAUUGACUGUUCAUGUUGUAAACAAAAAACGAAAAAAAAAACUUGCUAUUAUUAAUUUCUAA